CCGGACCAGCUUCCUGCCUGAGGGUGAGCUCCCGGAGUGUGCCCGGCUGGCAUACGGCCCAGGGACCGAGGACAUACGCCCCGAGGACAUCGCAGACCGGGAAUUAGCUGAAGUGUUGCAGAAGUCUGCUGAGGAAGCAGACCAGCGGAAGCCAUGAUGCAUGUGUGUGUAAUCUGCAGCAGGAGAGGCCGUACCACAGACAAGGAAUCUACCUCAGAGGCAGGUCCGUCACUGGUGCCAGCGAUGGAUGGAUCUACCCCCCCUCUCCCCCCUGCUCACCCAGCGCCCACCCGGACACCCGGCACAGGAAGCGGAGAUGUUCCUCAUGAAGAUGUCGCAUGCAGUAGCAGCUUCCAUGCAGGAGGUGGUGAAGUAAUGGCCGACACAUCUGAUCCAUCAGACUCUACAAUCGCUCAUGACCAAGGUUUGGCCGCCUCUUUAUCUCCUCCAUUAUCUGUCGCUGGUCGGGGUCCGGAGCCCGCGCUGCCUGCUGCUGAGUUUACAGUCACCUCUGAUGCCGGUUUAGUGGUUCAUGAGGAAUCGGGGUCGGUGCCUCGUCCAGGGGAUGUGUCUCCUCAUUCCAUAUCUGCCUUGGAGGGGGAUGGAGGACGAGACGUGACGCCAGCUCCUGGUGCCAUUACUGAAGACAUGAUGGAAUUGGACACACAAAUAAUUCCUGAUCUCCAUGGCUGCAGACCAGGGGUGAACGUCAUUGUCCAAAACCCUGAAAGCCAAAACGUGUCCUGCAAUGACCUCCUCACUGAUCCCGAAAAGUCUGAAGACGCGGACAUAGUCAACAAGCAAGAUCACCUGAAACCAUUGAGCAGCUCGGGCCAGGAUGGAGGGGACGGCUGCUUCUCCUUGGCUGCUGCCCUGAAGGAACUUCAUAAGUUACUGAUCAUCAGUGGUCAAGGAUCUGCUCAGACCGGGGAGGAUGGAGCCUUGGGCUCCGGGGAUGAUCGGGCCUUGGGCUCCGAGGAUGAUCGGGCCUUGGGCUCCGAGGAUGAUCGGGCCUUGGGCUCCGGGGAUGAUGGAGCCUUGGGCUCCGGGGAUGAUCGGGCCUUGGGCUCCGAGGAUGAUCGGGCCUUGGGCUCCGGGGAUGAUGGAGCCAACGUCAUUCAGGGCACUGAUCAAGAAUCUGGCCAAAAUGGGGAUCUGGACAAUGACCUUCAUCAGGAGGAUGGAAUGAGCCACCCAGUCACUGAAGAGACGUCUCCGUGUAUUGAGGCGGACGCCCCCGGUGACUCCUUCCAGGUCUCCUCAGACUGUUCUGGUGACUUCAUGGAGUCGUCGGCUGUGAUGGGAUCGGCUCCUGGUCAGACUCUGCCCGGCCCUGUGCCGGACCAUGAUACAAUCACUGGAGUGAUGGGUAACUCCACAGACCCAGCAGUAUCUAAACAACGGCCUGAACUAAGCUGUGACCAGGGGGAGGCGGUGGGGGAGGGCCGCUCUUCUGUACCGCCAUCAGAUCCCCCGUCACCAUCCGAUGUAGAGCGCAUUGUGGGCGCAGGGUUUACCGCGCAGGAUGCUCUUGUGGCCCUGGAAAGAGCUGAUGGGAACGUGGAGCUGGCGCUGCUCACUUUACUCGCCAGGAAUAUCGUCGUCCCCACGUAAUUUAUUGGGUCCGUGUUUCCAUUGGACGUUGUAUGAGAACUCUUGUCCUGUGGGUGAGAUCUGUACGGGACUGUCUGCAGCGAUGGGGUCGCACUGCGCCUCCCGAAGCCAUGAAAGCCAUUUAGCUUGUUAUAAUCCAGGGAUCUGUGCGGCCGUGUAAUCUGUAUAGAUAUCAGAGCCAUAAUCAAUGACCUUUUCUAUUCUCCU